AUUAUAUGUCACUAUAACAAAGAUGGCAUCCAGCGAUGUUGAUGGUCAGUGCGACAAGAGCAAAGAAGAUGUGGCGGAACGUAGAUGUCUACAUAUGGAAAAAUUUGCGGAAGCAACAGUUCUCAAAGACAUGUUGGAUGAAUUAAAGAAUGUAGGCGAAGAUAUUCGUGCCCAGGAGGUGGCUUUACAGAAUUUUAAAGCCAUCAUUGAUAGAUAUCAGUUACAGCCAGCUGUCAUGGAUCCAUAUCUUGAGGGUUACAUUAACCAACUAAUGGGAUAUAUCAAGGACCCGAAUUCCAGUAAAGUGUUAUUUCGUUUGUCGUUCCAGCAUUUAUAUCUUAUAAGCAAGAUGCGAUCUCAGAAACUGCUUGCACGUUACCUCCCUCAUGAAGUUACAGAUCUCCCAUUUGCAUUGAAGUUACUCCAGGCACAGGACACUGAAGAUAGGACUACAUGGGAGACCCGUUAUAUGCUUUUACUGUGGCUCUCUAUAGCAUGCAUGAUUCCUUUCGAUCUCAAUCGUCUUGAUACAAUGACUGAUGGCACCAAGAGUGUUAUGGACCAAAUAUUAGAGCUGUCUCAGUCUUAUGUCUGUAAAUCAGACAAAUGCAGAGACGCAGCAGUGUAUUUGCUGGCUAAAUUCAUGACCAGGGAUGAUGUGAAGAAGAAGCACCUGUCUUCUUACCUGGACUGGACAUGCAAGAUCAUGCAUUCAUCUAAAUUGGAAGAAAUGGAUGGAAAGAACCCAGUUGUUGGCAUUAUUUGGAAUUUAGCAUUGCUGCUUAAAUAUGGUAAACGAGAGGAUUUAUUGGAACAUGCUGGUUACUUACUAAAGAAUUUCUCAGCUUGUUCUCUGAGCUUCACUGGUGAUACAUUAAUGAGAAAAGCCAAGAUUAAGUUCCUUCAGAGACUAGGAUUAAUUUUCCUAAAAAGUAGAGUAGCAUCAUGGCGCUAUGCCAGAGGUUGUCGAUCAAUUGCAGUAAAUUUAGCUACUGAUGUAAAAAUGUCUUCAGUUCAGCCAGCAUUUGUAGACACACCCACUGAGAGUGAGGACAAUGAAGAGUAUGAUAUACCUGAAGAGAUGGAAGAAAUAAUUGAGCAACUUCUGAAUGGACUCAAGGACAAUGACACAGUGGUACGAUGGUCAGCUGCUAAAGGGAUUGGACGCAUCACUGGACGACUGCCCAAAGAGUUGGCAGAUGAAGUUGUAGGUUCUAUUCUAGUCUUGUUUUCAAACAUGGAAGGAGAAUUUGCUUGGCAUGGAGGUUGUAUGGCAUUAGCAGAACUUGGGCGACGAGGUCUUUUGCUUCCACAGCGUUUACCUGAAGUGAUGUCGGUCGUGCGUGAAACAUUGCGAUAUGAUGUGCGUCAUGGAAAGACUUCUGUAGGUGCCCCAGUGCGUGAUGCAGCCUGCUACAUCAGCUGGUCUUUUGCACGGGCAUAUGAUCCAAAGGAAAUGAGCCCCUAUGUUCAGCAGCUAGCUUCUUCUCUACUGAUUGCUGCAGUCUUUGAUCGUCAGAGCUGUAUAAGGAAAGCUGCAGCAGCAGCCUUCCAGGAGAAUGUUGGUCGACAGGGGUCCUUUCCUCAUGGCAUUGAUAUAGUCACUGUGGUUGACUACUACAGUGUUGGCAGUCUGCAAAACUGUUAUCUAAACCUAAGUAUUAUCCUUGCCCAAUACCCUGAAUACCGGUUUCACUUAAUUGAUCAUCUUGUAGACAUCAAGAUAAUGCAUUGGGAUGUUGCAAUUCGUAAACUGACUGCUAAAGCUUUAAAACUACUAGUACCAUUUGCACCGGACUAUAUGGCUGAAACAGUUCUCCCAAAAGUAUUGUCUCUAACACAUGUGCAUGAUCUAACAACCCAGCAGGGUGCUAUACUGGCUGUUGGAGAAGUGACCUGUGGUUUGGCUAGCUAUGGAGAGAAGGAAGGUCAAAGGUCUAUUGAAGACAUAUUAGGUGAGACAACUGUUGAAUGUCUACGUGCACUAGUUGAAAAGUUGGAAGAAGCACAUUCAUUUCGUGGUGUGGGUGGAGAGCAUUUGCAGCAAACAGUUGCCAAUUAUAUUCAAAAUCUUUCUCUUGCCAAGCUGCCAUUCCACAAUCUUCCAAUUAUUGAUGUAUGGCAGCAAUUUCUGUUUGAGUGCUUAUGUAAAGAUCAGCUAGAAGUCCAGACAGCAGCACUUGAAUGCUUCCCUAUUUUUGUUUUUGAGUAUUAUCAAAGUCGAGAUGGUGAAGUUCGAACUGAAAAACGAGAUGCUCUGCUGGAACAUUGUGUUCAAGAACUAACUAGUGACUGGGAUUACAGACGGAUGAGCCAUGCUUUGGCAUUAGGGAAGUUACCUCUUAUUUUUAUAAAAGGUAAACUGGACUACAUUUUGCCUUCAUUGUGUACUGCAGCUGAAUUGUCAGAUAAACCAGAACUAUGGGCUGAAGCCCGCAGUGAUGCUGUGAAAGCCAUUAACAGCUUGUGCUUGACGGUAGACAUACAACAAGAUGGUCCCAGUCAUACCUAUAUCUGCAAAGAUAACUUGAACCUCAUCUAUGAGACUUUCUUUGAUGCCAUCAAAGAUUAUACGAUUGACAAGCGGUGUGGAGACAUCGGUGCCUUCGUCCGUGAAGCUGCUAUGCAAAGCUUACAUGAUCUCACCUGUAAGAUUACCGAUGUGCAACCUGCAAUGCUCAGCAAAGACAUAGUAGAAAGAACCAUAUGCUCUUUUGCCCAGCAAGCUUGCGAAAAAAUUGACAGGACUCGAGCCUUGGCAUCAAAUUUAUUUCUUCAGCUUCUUCACCAUACCCCUCCAGUGCCUUACAUUCCACAGAGAGAUUUCCUUUUGGAGAUAUUUACAAAAGACAGGAUAAGUAACAUGAGGUGGCAUAUUCAAAGUGAUAGUUUUGAUCUUUUUGCAUCACUUCUCACCAUUGAGGUUUUCUCAUACCAUGUCUUACUCGGAUUUAUUCAAAGUGCUGGUGGCUUAUCCCAGUCGCUGUGUGUUCACUCAACGAAAGCCCUAGACUCUUACAUGCAGUCUGAGAUAGUCAAAGACCCGAAACUGACAUUUUUCAGGAAGAAUUUAAUUGAAAUAUUCCAAACAUAUCAGAAAGUUGACAGGGUGACAGUACCCAUGUUGAAUUUGUUGGGGCAACUCUUUGAUCGCCAGGUCUUCAUCAACUAUUGCAAACAACCAGAGAAUGAAAUAUUUCUGAAAGAAUUGCUAAGUCUGACGAAAACAGAAGUUUCCAAAAGUCUGCAGCACAAUAAACUAUCGUCCAGUAUCAAAGUGCUCUGUGGAUUGCUGCAAUUUUCUGAACCAUUGCGGAAAGACUGUUUGAAACAGCUGGGUAUCUUCCUGUGUCACCAGUAUCCCAAGAUUCGUCUAAACACAGCCAAUGAGCUGUAUGAUACAUUACUGCUGUAUGAUGACAUCCUCCCUGAGGAGCAUGCUGAUGACUGCAUGGAGCUUAUCGGAGAGACAAAAUGGGAUCAAUCCCGUGAGGAAAUUCGUCCAGUCAGGAACCAACUGUGGGAGAUGAUGGAUAUUACACCUCCUGUAAAAAAGACUGCAUCGCAAAGUUAAAGAACAAAGAGAAAAUGUAUUGAAAAAUUUACCAAAAACUUUCUCUACAAAUCACACAAAUUUUAACCCACCUUGCACCUUUCCACCAAAAAAAAAAAAGUUAAAAACCCUGCUUAUUUUUGUUAUGUUUUACUUGUCUUUAUAAUAUUGUUGCUUUUUGGACCAAGUGUGAAAGAAAUAAAUAAUGAAAGUAAAAGAGAGAAAGAAAGAGAUAUAGAUAUGUAAUACAGAAAAGUCCAGCCUGUAUUGCCUGUGUUUAAAUCGUUAUGAUGAUUGUUUUCAUUGCUGCUGUGAGAAGCCACACAUAUUAUUUACGUGAUAAUUUAAGAAUUUACUAUUUGGAUGACAGUUGGGGGUACUAGAUUGGCAGAAUUGGUUGCACAUUGCACAUAAUACCUUACAAUAUUUCUUUGCAGUCUGAGUUCGAAUCCUGCUGAGGUCAACUUUGCUUUUUCUGCUUCUUGGUUGAGGUAUAUCUAUAAAAUAAGCACUUGUCAAUCCCUGGGCCUUAAUAUAAUUGCCCUCACCUUCCCCUGUCCCCCAUACACCUCUCAUCCCAUACCAAAAUGUUUUACUUUGUGCUUCCUACGUUAUAUUUUCUUCACUAACCUCUA